CAGACACAGACACAGGCACAGGCACAUACAGACCUACGGCCUAAAGAGAAGCAGAGCCAUGUCGACGCCAUCGCAAGCGCUGCCGCCGAGCCGCUUCGACGCCGAGGCGGCUGCAUGGGACAGCAAGCCCGAGGUGGUGCGCUCGUCGCAGGCCUUCUACGAGGCGCUCCUGGCGCACGAGCCACGGCUGACGCAGGCGGGCGCCAACCUCGCUGUCCUGGACCUCGGCUGCGGGACGGGCCUGGUGAGCGAGCGCCUGGCGCGCUGUGUGGGCGUCGAGCGCAUCGUGGGUGUCGAUGCGAGCACGGGCAUGAUCUCGAUGUUCAACGCCAAGCGCGAAAGGGUCGAGGGCGGGCACAAGAUGCAGGGCCACGCCAAGCUGCUCGAGGACCCCGAUGACCCCGUGCUGCAGGGCCAGCGCUUCGACGUGGCCUACAUGCACCUGACGCUGCACCACAUUGAGCAUAUGGCCGACACGGUCAACGUCGUCGCCGCCACGCUGCGGCCGGGUGCUGGUGCGCUGCUCGCGCUGUCCGAUUUCGAAAACGACGGCGAGCACGCCAAGCGGUUCCACCCGGCCCACAAGCACGGCGACGUCGAGCGCCACGGGCUCACGCACGCCGAGAUGCAAAGCCUCCUCGUCGGCGCGGGCCUUGCGGACAUCAGCGUCACGCGCAGCUUCAGCCAAGACAAGACGCUCGAAGACGGCUCCAGCGACGCCUUUGCCUUUGUCCUCGGCCUGGGCACGCGGCCGUGAGGGCCUUCUUCCUCUUCUCCCACCACUCCUCCUCCUUUCCUCUCAUCUCAUUCCGCUCUAGUCACUCUGGUCACCCCAAUCACUCUGGUCACUCCAGUCACUCUGGUCACCCCAAUCACUCAUGGGUAGAAAUACAUUGCUCGUCGAUCUGCUACUAGUCAUCAUGCCUCGUCAAAGAGAAUCGAGGGC